AUGGAGACGGAGAGUUGUUUGCCUUUCUCUUCGCAGACCAGCAGGAGGACGCCUGAACACUCUCCCAGACUGGAGCACGGCGGCUCCUUUCUCGCCUGCGAUGAGCUGCAGAAACCCUCGCACCUUCCUCCUCUUCCUCACCGCCUCAGCCUGCGCGGGGAUCUGUACGCCGCUGCCAUGGGGAGGUUUGGGGACGCUGCAGCGGACUUUACGCACGGCGCGGCCUCGAACAACCCGCCCGGCUCACCGUCCAAACACAGCAAGUUCUUGGAGAGUAUAAACCCGGACCCAAAGGGGACAGCGACAAUCGGCAAGACGGCUUUUUAUGAGGGCAACUCAGAAGCCAGAGAGAAAGGAGCUCCAAAGACAAUGGGCUAUCCUGGCCUUGGCACAGACUGUUGUGGGAAGCUGAAAGAACCUGGCGGGGGUCUGCAUGGCGACUCUAUCGCCGACUCCAUUGACCUAUCGGGCAAGAACAAGAAACGACGCAAUCGCACCACCUUCAGCACCUUCCAGCUGGAGGAGCUGGAGAAAGUGUUUCAGAAGACACAUUACCCUGACGUGUAUGCCCGGGAGCAGCUGGCCCUGAGGACCGAGCUCACUGAGGCUCGGGUUCAGGUUUGGUUCCAGAAUCGUAGAGCCAAGUGGAGGAAACGGGAACGCUAUGGGAAGAUCCAGGAUGUCCGCAACCACUUUGCUGCUACAUAUGAUAUCUCUCUUCUCCCUCGCCAUGAUACAUAUCAGAUGCAGGGCAACCUGUGGGCCGGGGCGGCAUCCGGGGGAGGCGGGGCUCCGGGUGCUGGUUGCGUCCUAGGAGCGGACUCCAUCCCCUCGUCCUGUAUGAGUCCAUACCCUCACUCCCACAGCAACCUGCAGGGCUUCAUGGGUAUGCCCCCAUCCCAGAGCCAUCCCCAUCCCCAUCACCACCACCACCACCACCCGUCUCACCAUCCGGGCAUCAACGGCCUGUAUUCACUCCACAGCUUCCCAGGCGGCCUCGGUCCCCAUUCCAUGGAGGGGCCGGAGACCGACUACAAGCCGACGGGCCUUGUGGCGCUGCGUAUGAAAGCCAAAGAGCCAGGCAGCAUCCUCUCCUGGCCUACAUGACCACAACAGAGCCAGCUCCACAUUAUGCACUGACUGAGCCAAAGCAUACUACAUCCUUGACCCAUACACAUCCCUCAAUGUACACACUCCCCUCAGCAUAUGUUUCAAAUAAUUCCUCUUAACUGUUAUGUGAGCCAACUUCGAGGCUUUCUAUCAUUAUGAAGAUUUUUAAAAAUAUGAAUUUCAUAAACAUUGGGGGCCACUUGAGCCUCAAGCACGAAACCCUAUUGUAUAUAAACUAUUGUUACCAGUUUUAGAUGAAUAUCCCAAUGCUGAGACCAAAGAGGAAAUAUUAUUUAAGCAUGUAAAAAUUGUAAUUAUCGUAUUAAUCAUUGUUUUU